AUGGACUACCUCCACGCCGCCGUUCAAGCCGUCUACCGCGACAGCACCACAUCCGACUCUACUAUCAGUGGCGCUGGCAGUAGUGAUACCUCUGACAGACUCAGCGGGACAUUCUACAAAGAGGAUUCCUUUGAUGACGCCUACCCAGAUCCCAAGAACGUCACAGUCAACACGAGCGGCGCCAAGGGUGGUAGUGGUGGUGGUGGUGGAGAUAGUACAGGCUCUACGCCUACGAUGGCGACCCCAUACUUGUCGACCAAGACUUGGCCUGCGCUUCCCGUAGCCACUGAUUCUGGUGAUGAGGGCAGUGGCGGCGCUGGGUCUUUUCCGGAUCAGGAAUAUGUCAGACUUUUGGACGCGACACUAUUGUUCUAUGAGGCUCAGCGGUCUGGACACCUCCCUCCCGACCAGCGCGUCAAGUGGAGGAACGACUCUGCAUUACUAGACGGCAAGGAUGCAGGCAUAGAUCUCACAGGGGGGUACUAUGACGCGGGAGACUACUUAAACCACCACCUCGACCAAAUGGUCCGCUGGAGAACCGACUGGCUCAUCAAAGCCCACCCCAACAACAACACCCUCUACGUCCAAGUCGGUGUCUCCGAAGUCGAUAACAGUUACUGGGGACCCGAUACAGGUAUCCCUACCCCACGACCGAGUUUCUUUGUGAGUAAUUUGAAGCCGGGCACGGACGUGAUGGCAGAUGCGGCGGCGGCGUUUGCGAGCUGUUCGGUGUUGUAUCGGGAAAAGUUUAAGGAUAUGGAAUACGCGGGGGUUUUGCAGAGCCACGCGGAGGCGUUGUUUUCGGUCGCCGAGACGGCGUUGCCGCAGCAGACGUAUCAGACAGUGAUUCCUGCGGCCAGUUGUUGUUAUGCGUCGACGGGGUAUUUGGAUGAGUUGGCUUGGGGUGCUGCGUGGAUGUAUCGGAUGACCAAGGAUCCGGCCUAUGCGGCCAAGACGAAUCAUUAUAUUUCAGAGUGCUCGAAACUCGAACAUGGGAGCAUCCUCCUCCCCAUCACCUGGGACGACAAGACCGGACUCGUUUAUAUCCUUGACCCAAGGAACUGCAGAGGGAGUCCAAUGGCAGGCCCUCGCUGA